AUGGCGGACCCUCUUUCCAUCGCCGCCAGCAUAGCCGGCCUCACAACAUUUGUCGCCCAGGUCAGUUGCCUCGUUCGCAGAUAUCGCUCGAAUUUCAAAGACCAGGCCUCCGAUCUCGAGUCCACGAAGAAGAAAAUCGAACAACUCCGGCCUAUUCUCGACGACUUAGACGAACAGUUCGUGGAGCUGGAAUGCAACUCGUCACCACCACUCGAUGCCGCCGCCCUCGCGCGUGUUGACUCACUUAUCAAAGGCUGCUCGGAGCACAAGGAUACGUUGGAGAAGAGAUUUGCAGAAAUAUUUGGCAACGAUGUAACCGCUCAGGUGUCGGGAUCAACGCAGCGUAAUCCCGCGGUAAUCAGGGGAAUGGAUGCGAGGCUCGCUGGAGUCCGUGAUGCCUUUCGACGCUUCACGUACCCCAUUCGGCGGGAAAAGCUGAUGAGUAUCUCGGAGGAGAUUGAUCAAAUCUUCACAAAGGCUAGCCUCGCCCUGCAAUUUUUAAUGAGACGCCACGAAGCUCGUGUAGAAAGCAAGAUAGAUGACGUCCAGGCGACCGUCGAUCAGAUGAAGAAUCUUCAGAUGAGGACCGAAGAUAUGCAGAAAAUCUCCGAGCUCCGUAAAUGGUUAAAAGCCCCGGAGCCAUCAGAGGAUUAUCAGCGGCUUGCGAGCCAGGCACACCCUUCUACUGGCUCAUGGCUCAUAAAUGGUGAUGCCUUCAAAUCUUGGAAGGCUGAUAAUAACUCCUUCCUCUGGCUUCGAGGGUUUGCCGGCUGCGGAAAGUCUGUUAUAUGCUCAACAUGCAUCGCGCAUCUCCUCGAUGUUCGAGAUUCGGCUCCGCUCGAAGUAGGAGUAGCGUACUUCUUCUUCACUUUUGCCGAUGAUGCCAAACAGGACGCCGCUGCAAUGCUUCGCUCACUUGCUCUGCAACUCUCUCAGCAAAUGCGGGACUAUUCGCUGCUAUCCUAUCUCCACAAUGAGUGCAACUGUCGACCACCAACAAAUGACAAACUCAAAGGCUGCCUCAAGUCGCUCAUCCAGAAGUAUCGGCGGGUUUUUAUCGCCAUCGACGCCUUGGAUGAAAGUCCUCGUCAUACUAAUCGUGACGAAGUCCUCGAAACUCUAUCGGACAUUCGCAACUGGCUUAUAGAAGACCUCCACGUUCUGGUGACGAGUCGCGACGAAGAAGACAUUCGUUAUGCGCUCGACUUCAGCGAUCAUGCAUGCAAUAUGUCGGCCUAUGAAGUCAUUCCCAUGCAAAAUGAAUCUGUUGAUGAAGACAUUGCCCAUUACAUCCAUGAGAAACUGGCCAAAACCCCUUAUCUCCAAAAGCUUCGCCCGUUCCAUACCCAAAUUGAAGAGUUUCUAUCGAGCCACUCAAACGGAGUAUUUCGCUGGGUGGAGUUCCAACUUCUCGCGCUCAAGUCCUGUCCACGAAGUCAACACCACGUGUCAAAGUUCCUCGAAUCUCUGCCUCCGACUCUAGAUGCUACAUACGAACGGAUUCUGGCGGACAUAGACGAAACGGUCCGCGAGGAUUCGAAAAGACUUCUUUCCAUCUUAUGCUGCGCAGUGGAGCCUAUGGAUGUCGAGGAGCUACUUGAUGCCCUCGCUGUGGACUUGGAUCCCGAACCGGGGUUUAACGAGCUACGGCGGUUGCAUGAUGAGGACGACCUGCGUACGAUAUGUCCCGGUAUGAUUGAGGUUUACCUGGAGGGCUGGGAAAGCGAGCAUCGCUUCGAGGGCUGGGGAGUUAGCCACUGCUUAGUCCGUCUCGCUCAUUUCUCGGUCAUGGAAUAUCUGGUAUCGGACAGGAUAAAACGGCACGCCGCUUCAGAUUUUCACAUCAAUAUCCCUAAAGUGCAUGGCGAUGUUGCAAGAGUCUGCCUCCACUACUUAAUGGACCCGAGCAUUAUCAAAGCGAUACAUUCGGCCGAGCUUGCCAGUUCCACGCAGGAUGAGCAAUCUGAUAUUUCAAGUGGCCCUUUUAACACGGAGACGACCAGCUACUGGAAAUCAGAACCCCCGUUUACGAGUUUGGCGGAGAAUGUGGGUAUCCGCUAA